GCAAUAAUAGCGAUGGAUGAACCUAGAGAUUCUCUUUGGAUGACGCUUUUUCAUUGUCAACCUUUCCCCUAAAAAUGCCAAGAAAACUCAACCCUUUUCAUCUAUCUCUUUUGCUUUCUCCCUUUUACACAAAUACUAAAAUUUCUCAAGACAAAGAGAAGUUAAUUAUGGAGUGUAAAACACACCAAACAGAGCAAAAUCCUUCAGUUUCAAUUCUACCACUUCUCUCAAUCCCACACUUACCAAUAAUGGACUCACCAGAACGCUCAGGGACGCUAACUCCACCCAUCUACGCCGCCGUCUCGAUCCCCUUUCGGUGGGAAGAAGAGCCAGGCAAGCCUAGGUUCAGUUCUGCCACCGUCGCCUCCGCCUCCGCCGCCGCCUCUCCGAGCCUGGAGUUGCCUCCAAGGCUUUUGUUAAUAGACAAAGUGCCAAGAUCUGAGUGUUGUUCUUCCUUUAGAAUGAUGGGAUCUUCUUCUUUUAGUCCUGACGAGAAGAGUUCUUUGUUUAUGAAGAAAGGAGGAUGGUUUGGUUCAUGGAGAAAAAGGGGUUUGAAUUUGAGGGGGAAGAGAGAACAAAUUGGCAUUGGAGGGCUUGUGUUUCCAUCCAUGGAAUUGGAAGAGAGUUUAAGUUCAAAAGUGGAGGCUUCAAGGCUUAGAAGGAAUGGGAGUUUUUCAAGCUUAAUGAGUACUCAUAUUAGGCCUCAUUUUUGGGAAAGUGUAUGCGAAGGUUUAAAGCAUAUGGUUCCAUCAUGGAGAAGCAAAAGGCUGAAGAGAGAGACUUAGUUUGAUUUUGUGCAAUAAUGGAAGUUGCAAAGCCUGUUGAUAUGUGUUGUUUAUUUCUCUGUGUUUUCAAGCAUUUUCAUCAGAGAUUGGUUGGGAAAAUUUGCCUCUCUCUUUGACUAUGUUGAUGACAAUUUCCAUAACAUAUAAUGGUGCAACUACCUAGCCUUAUCCAACUGUUUUUUACCUUAUCAUUAUGGGCUGUCCUUACAUUAUUUCUAUA